GCUGCAGAUCCAGCUGAGCCACUUGACCCCAACAUUCUUGAGCUGAAAUGUUGUAAGACAUACAUCUUUCUCUUUUCGCUCACCCCCCGGCGAGUCUCGAAGGAUCUGCAUCCUGUGAGCCACUAUCAUGUGCUCCCUCUUAAGACAUAAUGUGGCAUAGGAAUAACUUCGGGGUUUUGUUGAUAUCACUCCUACUUUUACCUGUACAUGCAGCGUUUAUUCGCCGUUUAGACUGCAGUCCCUCGGACGUUGCAUCAGUCGAUCCUAUCUUUGAACCUCUUUCCUUCACGGGCUAUCUAGACACUAAACAUGCAAACACAACAAUACUGUCCUUAACAUUAAAGGGCAAUUAUGAGUCUCAUAAUUGUGAAGCCUUGGGCGGCGCAUUGGCGCGGAUGUCAAUUGAUGCUAGAGUGCUUGAUCGUUCGGUUGUUACUGAUGACCGCUUGUUGGAUUCCAGUGGCGUCUGCCCGGAGCUCUCUCCGAUCGAUUACCCAAGGUGGGAUCCCCGAACGUACGCAACGUACCGAGCCUCGUACACAUUGGAUCAUGCGUACCGCAUGAACACCUUGGCCACGACCGUUCGCCUUCGGCUCAAUGACACCGAUAUUUUAUGUACCGCCGCCAAUAUUACCCCGUACAUUGGCUCGACAGCAUCAGGCUUAUUGAAGGGGAUCCCGCUACUCAUCAUGAUUCUCACCGGGGUCAUAAACGGCGCCCUCAUGAUCUGUCGAAGCCGUGGACGAAGAGUUUUCCGGUACGAGCUCGCGAAUGCAUCACGGGAUCCAGCGGAGUCUUAUUUCCCGGGGAUGGGUGACUGCUUGCAGUACAUCCAGUUCAUCUUUCUGACGGGAUGCCUGACGCUAUCCUAUCCUGGGUUCUUUCGGGCAUCAAUAGGCGAGCUCGCCUGGUCAUCACUGGUUGUAAGAAACUGGCCCGUUACACAUCAAUUCAUCUACCCCGGUGUUGAGGACAAUAUUUACUCCGUAAAUGCGACUUACGGCUUCGAAGAGAUGGCCCAGUAUCUUGGGGCAACCACGAUGAGUGACUUAUGGACCAACGCCAUCGUCAAUCUCGCCCUAGUCAUUCUCGGAGUUAUAGUGGCAGCCCAAAUCAUAUGGUUAAUCAAAUGCGCCUGGCAGUUGUUUCCAACCCGCGGCUCAACUCAUAUGAUAGAUUUUCCAACGGAGUUCCUCACCCACAUCCAGCACGUGGGCUGGAGUGUCGCACGGAUCCUCCUGAACUACUUUCUCCAUCCCAUCGUUGCGUUAUCUCUCUACCAAACACGCUUGGCCACAUGGUUCCCCUUUUAUCGCACAUUUCUCGCCGUGUCCUUCGUCGCAGCUUUGGCCGCAUCGCUGGCAUUCAUAGUUCGGUACUUGGCCAAGGACGACCGACAAAACACAUUCUUCAACAAGGGCUCCUACCCCAGAAACUCAUCCCAAGACUGGCUUUCUGAUACUUUAUACAUGGUCCCGUUCCUGCGGGGCUUAGCUAUCGGCGCCCUGCAGACCUCUGGACUCGGUCAGAUACUCGUUCUCAUAUCCUGUGAGAUCUUCAUCUUGGCCUGUCUGCUAUGGAACUGGCGGGCCCAACAGGCCUGGAGACAUGCUUGCUUCGCAACCGCCCGCCUGGUCAUUAUCGGGAUGAGCUGUGCGUUCCUCCCUAGGGCUGGUCUACGUGAGGGAAACAAAGCCUUAGUGGGGUACUUUAUUAUAUCCCUACACGCCGCCGUCCUGCUCACUGGUUUCUUCGUCGAUUGCGUCUACGAGAUGGUCCGGUUUGUCUUGUCAAAAGUGGGCAUCAUCGAUCCCCGUCCAGCCGACCUGGAUCAUCACUCCGAUAAAGCUCCUGUCUUUGGCAUCGGCCAACUCUCCCGACGCUCAACCCGCCGCAUGUCAUUUGCACGUCUCCCCGCCCUAAACCCAGCAGAAAUCUCAGUCCCCUACGCCCAACGGCCCUCAACACCCCGCCGACCAUCGUUUCUAGGCGACCUCCCAACCAGAGACGAAUACACGUCUUUCUUUCGCGCCCCCAGAUCAGAAACCACGUCCAUCCGCUCAGCCUGGAGCGUCGUCUCUCCCUCGUCACCAUCUCAAUCUGAAAGUGAAUCCCGCGGAUCCAGCAUGGAAUCUGUGGAAUUGGAAGCUCUAGAUCUGGAGUCUAAAUCGAGUGAACAUGUGGAUUACUCUUAUCGCGAGGCGGAUCAGUAUUACGGUCGGCCGCCGACUUCUGCGCCGGUUGUUCACAAUAUGGUGCAGAGUCAAGGCGAAUCUUCCAAACCAGGGAAGGAAAAGAAAAAGGAACAUUGGAGGUGGAAAAGGAAGCAGAAGGAGAAGGGGUUUGAGGUUAUUAGACCGAAGCGGACAGUUGCUCAGUAACCUUAUAUUUCGUUGUAUUAUAGUUAUUACAUGCUCACCGAGGGUCUAGAAAUAAUGUUUUAUAAUAUCUAAGGCUAACGUGUUCCUAGUUGUAGUUGAUUCUGCUCCAUGAGACAGCUACCAGAA